AUGACUUGGCAAUCACCCAGAGACUACGAUAAGCGUCCAGUCGCCAUAUUAGGCGCUGGAGUGCUUGGUCGCCGCAUCGCAUGCACGUGGGCGGCCGGUGGAUACGAUGUCCAAGUCAGAGAUCCAAGUGCAGAGCAACGGGCGCAAUGCCUGCAAUAUGUGGACGAAAAUAUUGCAACCUACAAGAACAUGACAACGGCAACAAAAGCUGGAAAUGUGCAGGUUUAUGAAGACCUCGAGCACGCCGUAGCGAACGCGUGGCUCGUCAUCGAAGCUGUUCCUGAGAAACUGGAACUCAAAAUAUCGACAUUUGCAACACUCGAAAAGGUCGCACCGGAAGAUUGCAUCCUCGCAACCAAUUCUUCGUCCUACAAAUCAUCAGAGAUGAUCACAGGGGUUUCUCAGGCAACAAAACGUCGUGUCUUGAACACUCACUACUAUAUGCCUCCUGAGAACAUGGUUGUAGAACUCAUGACAGACGGAUUCACUGACACCACAAUCUUUCCCUUCCUGUCUGAACGCUUCAGGGAAAGCGGUGCAAAGCCGUACGUCGCGAGAAAACAAUCGACUGGAUUCAUUUUCAACCGACUUUGGGCGGCUGUCAAGCGGGAAACUCUGACCAUACUGUCUGAAGAUGUCAGCGAUGCGGCGGAGAUUGACAGCCUCUGGACAGAGAUGUUCAUCAAAGGAGGAGCGAAGCCUUGCGAGACGAUGGACCAAGUCGGUCUCGAUACUGUUGCCUUCAUUGAAGGUCACUACAUUGCUGAGCGCGGCCUGUCAUCAACACAUACCACCGAUUACCUCAAGACAGAAUACCUCGAUCAUGGGAAAAUAGGGUCCAAGUGUGAAAAAGGCGGUUUAUACCCUCCGAAGGAAACAAUCGCCUCUACCAACGGUACCUCAACAAACAGAACAGCCCAAAAGAAGUUGUCGUCUGAUCCGACACUGAUCGUUCUCGACAUUGGUCUCUCUGCGGCUGAACCAGGAAACACAUCGGGCGAAGUCUUGCGACUUAGUACCGAUGGCUCUGCACCAAAGCGCCUCAUCUCGGGCCAGCCACUUCCGGACGGAAUCGCGAUCGACCACGACAGCGAACGAAUGUUCUGGACAUGUAUGGGCGAAGCAGGCGAGAAAGACGGCGCCGUCUACUCAGCAAAAGCUGACGGUACUGACCAACGCACCGUCAUCGACUCUGGCAAGAUCAACACCCCCAAGCAACUCUGUCUCGACACCGAGGCUCAGAAGAUAUACUUUUGCGACCGUGAAGGCUGCACUGUGUAUCGCUGCAGCUACGACGGUUCCGACCUUGAGGUUCUCGUCCAGAACGGUGGCACUGCAUCGUACGUGGCGAGCCAAGCAAACGCAAUGAACUGGUGUGUCGGCAUCGCGUUAUCUCCAUCCCGCGGCAAGUUUUACUGGAGCCAGAAAGGGCCUUCGAAGGGUGGCCGCGGGCGAAUCUUCUGCGCCAACAUUGCCAUGCCUGAGGGCAAGACGGCCGAGUCGCGUGAGGAUGUCAAGUGCAUCCUCUACGGCCUCCCCGAACCCAUUGACCUCGAGAUUGACGAGAAGAACGGCCGCCUGUACUGGACUGACCGCGGCGAUCUCCCGUGGGGAAACACACUCAGCAGGGUAGACUUGAAGGAUGACGGUAUGCCGCGGUUGAGCGAUCCUGCGUUGCUGCCGAGCAAGUUUGUCAUCGCGAGGAGGUUCCACGAGGCUAUCGGGUUGAAGAUCGAUGGCAGGAAUAACCGCAUCUACGUUACUGAUCUCGGUGGAAGCGUGUAUGUUUGCGAUCUGGACGGCAAGAACAAGAAGACGUUAUACCAGGAUGAGAAGCGCGCCUUCACUGGCCUUGCACUGCUGUAG